AUGCACCUCCCACCUCCUCCUCCGACCACGCUCGGCAGAGCACCGAGCUCUCCCACGCUGGAGCAGUACCAAGUGGCGUCACGAUCACCUGAACAGCGCAGAGCCUCCAUCAUUUCUCCGCCCCAGCCGGGCUUCAUUUUACCUCCAUUACAGAAUCCCAACCCUUCUCCCAUCGAACACGCCGCGCCUUCAGCGACAGUCGAGCAAUCACACUCACCAUCAGUGGCGAUCAAACAGGAAACAAUACACACACCUCACCCAUCCUCUCCGAUCGAUGCGCGACGCGUGAGCUCGCAAGUCGCUGACGGCGAUCCGCACAACGUGAAAACGAUUGUUUCACUCAAGAACGAGCACGGCCUGAGAACCCACUCACCACUGCGCGAAUCAUCGGUGCCAGUGCCGUCAACCGAAACAACCAUGCCGGCAUCUGCCAUCCCGAAGAAGCGACCAGCGCCUUCCAAGACGAAGAAAGGAACGGCUGCCAAAAAGACUCCGGCCUCAAAGAAGCGAAAGGUCGAACACAAACGCUCCGUCACCCCCUCCUCCCGCGCAUCGAAACCUUUCACUUUGGGCAGUAGCCUUGGCACGCCUGCGGACUCGUCGCCCGCACCAUCCACCCGCUCUCAGUCCGAAUACGAUGAAGAUGAGGAGAUGGAAGAUGUGGACACAGACAUGGACGUAGACGGAGACGUCUACUGCAUCUGCCGCAAGCCCGACAACGGCACGUUCAUGAUUGGCUGCGACGGGACUUGCGACGACUGGUUUCAUGGGAAAUGUGUCAAGAUUGAGGAGCGGAACAAGAAUCUCAUCGACAAGUACAUCUGCCCAAAGUGCACGGAAGCAGGCGUGGGUAAGACUACGUGGAAGCGGAUGUGUCGACGCAGUGGGUGCAGGCUGCCUGCUCGGGUGGGGAAGACAAAGGGGGGUCUGGAUGGUAGCAAGUACUGCUCCGAGGAGUGUGGUGUGCUAUACUUCCGCGAGAUGGUUGCGAAGACAAGAGGAAGGGAGGAUGCAUCGAAGAAUCGGAGCAACAGGCGAAAGGGCAGCAUCGAUCGGGGUGGCAUCGACUACGACCUGGGGGCUCGUGGGGGAACACUCGCUGCGGGAGAGUUGAAGAGCCUUGUCGAUUCAUCUGCCACGGCUGGAGAUUUCCAAAAGCUCGGCGACGGCGUCCUCAGUCCACCAGCGACCCCUGAUUCGAAGUCCGCCAGCACUGCUGCGCACGCGGAACCGGAGACGCAGGCUUUGCAAACCAUUCACCAGCAAAAGGAAGAUGCGCGCCGAAAGCAUCAGCUCCUGAAGGACCGAAUGAAGUUUGUGACGCUGGUGAAACAGGCCGCCGCGCGCACCGCCACCGAGAAGGAGCUGAAGCCAAAGGACUACUGCGGCUACGACUCUCGUUUGGAGUGGACGGACGAACGGUUUGAGCGGUGGAGGAAUAGCGUGAGUGGGCAAGCGGCGUUCGAGGUGGAGAGUCUCGCCGCGGACAAUGCGGAGGAGGAGAAUGAGCAUGAAGUGUGCGAUCGAAAGAAGUGCGCCAGGCAUCUCGAAUGGCCCAAGCUCGCCGUCGAUGAUGUGCGAUUCGAAAUCAGCGACAACAGCGAUCGCAUGCGGGCGCUGGAGCGGGAGGAGAAGGAGGUACGAGAGCGGGCUGCGCUGCGGGCGAAGGCGGGGAGUUUGAAUGGAGAGGGAGGGGUGGAGGUGCAUGCAUUGGGGCAGGUGAGGGGACAGUUGGAUGGGGUCGAUGCGGUGAUGGAGUCGACGGAGAAUGGCGGUGAGAUGGCAGCGUAA